CUCCUCUAGCACUCCCCGCCCCCGACCGCCGGCUCACUGUGGUUGAGUCUGGACCGGUCACGUGCUCUUCCUGCCCGGUGCGUGUGAGGAUGAUGGCUGCGCUGUUGGGCUCGGCCUGCCGGCUCCGGCCUCUCUGGUCCCGCCUCCUCCGGCUGCCGCGGGGAGUCGCUGCCCACCACCCCUCGCCCCGCGCCGCCGGGCUGGCGGGAGCCCCUGGCAGCACACAACUGAUCUACCAUGCAAGGCUCUUUGCAAUUGCACCUCAUCAGAAGGGGAAAGUUCAAGAAGAACCUGUUUCAGGUAUUCAGAAUAAGCAAGCACAGCAUUUUGACUGGGCCUUAAAUAAACUGGAUAGCUCUGUCAGAAGAACUGGCCGCAUUACUAGAACUCUUCUACAAAGAAUCUUCCAUGACAUGUGCAGAACAGGGUAUCCAAGUAGUAACCAGGCCUUGCUUCUGUUGCGAAGUUGUGGUUCCUUGUUGCCUGAGGUCCCAUUAUGUGAAAGAACAGAACUAGCCCACAUGAUGUGGGGCAAAUUGCAAGACUUGGGUGCUGUGUAUGAUGCAAGUCAUUAUAAUGCUUUGCUUAAAGUCUACCUUCAAAAUGAACAUAAAUUCUCUCCAACUGAAUUCUUGUCCAAAAUGGAGCAAGCUAAUGUGCAGCCCAAUCGAGUUACAUACCAAAGAUUGAUUGCUGCAUAUUGCAAUGAGGGUGAUAUCGAAGGUGCUAGUAAGAUUCUUGGAUUUAUGAAGAUGAAAGAACUCCCAAUCACUGAGGCAGUAUUCAGUAGCCUUGUGACAGGCCAUGCAAGAGCUGGAGAUAUGGAGAAUGCAGAAAAUAUCCUUUCAGUGAUGAGGGAUGCAGGAAUUGAACCUGGUCCAGACACCUACUUAGCAUUACUGAAUGCAUAUGCCGAGAAGGGUGACAUUAACAACAUUAAACAGAUCCUGGAAAAGGUUGAGAAGAUGGAAGGCUAUUUUAUGGACAGGGAUUUGAUGCAGGUUAUUUUUAGCCUUGCUAAGGCUGGAUAUCCUCAGUAUGUCCAAGAUAUUUUAUCACACAUGAGAUAUGAAAGGGGAUAUAUUCCAGAUGCAAUGAACUUGUCUCUGAAUUUGAUAACUCAAGGUUUGGAAGAUAUAGCUUUCCAAGUUUUCAAAUCAUUUCCUACCUUACCAUCUGAAAAUCACAGUGAAAGCAGUAUGGACUAUGGUAACUUCUUCUUACGACACUGUGUAACUACAGAUAAGCCCUUGAGCAAGCUGAAACAGUUCUGUGAUGAGUUAAAAGAAGCCAAUAUGCACUCAAGUCCCCUCCAAUUUACUUUGUAUUGUGCGUUGGAGUCUAAAAAAGCAGCUCUGGCAAUUAACCUGAUGAAGACAAUGAAAGAGGAUGGUUUGCCUCUCAGACCUCACUAUUCCUGGCCACUGCUUGUUGGGUAUCAGAAGGAGAAGAAUGUUCAAGGUACUAUGGAGGUCCUUAAAGCAUUGCAUGAGCUGGGAGUGGAACCUGAUGUGGAAACAUACACAAACUAUGUUUUGACAAAUUUUGAUGACAUUCAGACUUUUCGUGCUCUGCUACAGGAAAAUGGCUGUCCAUUUGAAACUGAAGGACUCUCUGUAGCAGAAUUAAGACAUGAAGCAAUUUAUGGAACAUUGGAAAAAGUUUUAUCAUUAUUGUCUUCACCAAGUAUGCCGUCUGUGGAUUUGUUUAAUUUUAAAGGCUGUCUCAUUUGGGCUUUAAAAGGUAAGUCCAAUGAUGUAGAUCUUUGGAGCAAGAUAACUGAACUGUUGUACAAGGAUGGACGUUAUUGCCAGACGCCUCCAGGACCAACUGAAGCUGUUGGCUAUUUUCUUUAUAACUUGAUUGACAGCAUGAGUGACUCAGAGGUACAGGCCAAGGAGGAGCAUUUGAGACAAUACUUCCAUCAGCUGAAGAAGAUGAAUGUAGUAAUCCCUACAAAUAUCUACAGAGGCCUUCGCAACCUGCUGGACGCCUAUCAUGUUCCUGAGUUAAUUAAGGAUAUAAUUUUAUUGGCUGAUAGAGAAAAGUUGUCAGUAGCAGACAUUCCAAAAAACACUGAACUUGGAGUGUCUGCUUUGGAGGAGGAACUGGAAAAACUAAAAGCUGAAAAGCAACCUAUUGGAAAUGUCCUAAAACAGCUUAUAGUUGCUCUCUGUGCAGAAGAGAAUAUGCAAAAAGCCCUUGAAGUGAAAGCCAAAUACGAAUCGGACAUGGUUGUUGGUGGCUAUGCAGCCUUGAUAAAUUUGUGCUGUCGACAUGAUAAUGUAGAAGAUGCAAUGAACCUGAAAGAAGAAGUCUUCCGUAAAGAUUCAUCUGUUGCUCUUGACACAAAUAAGUACUUAGCCUUGGUGAAAGUCUUAGGAAAGCAUGGCAGACUAGAAGAUGCUAUUAACAUUCUAAAGGAGAUGAAAGAGAGAGAUAUUCCUAUCAAAGAUACAACAGUCACAUCCUUUUUCCACAUCCUUAAUGCUGCAGCCAUGCGAGGUGAAGCUGAAACGGUGAAUCGAUUACAUGAGUCCAUUCUGAUGCUGGGCUUAGCAAAGCCUUCUGCUAACCUCUGUUCCCCUCUGAUUACUGUUCACCUUGAAAAGGAUGAUGUACCUGCUGCACUGGAAGCUACCAUUGACUGUUGUAAAAAGUAUGGCAAGAUCCCUAGGCUCCAUGACAUCUUGUGCAGGCUAAUAGAACAAGGAAAUACUGAUCUCCUGCAGAAAGCCAUGGACUUUGUGAGUCAAGAACGAGGUGAAAUGACGAUGCUCUAUGAUAUCUUCUUUGCCUUCCUGAAUACAGGAAAAUACAAAGAGGCCAAGAAGAUCAUUGAGACACCAGGCUUGAGAGCUCGUCCUGGGAGGCUGCAGUGGUUUGCCGAGAAGUGUAUUGCAACUAACCAGAUGGAAACUUUAGAAAAUAUGGUGGAAAUGACUCAAAAACUAUUUGAGUGUGAUAGAGAUCAGAUGUACUACUACCUCCUAAAUUUAUGCAAGAUCAGUAAUGACUGGCAAAAAGCUGAUGCAACUUGGACUAAAAUGCAGGAAGAAAAUGUUAUUCCUCGUGAGAGAACUUUAAGGUUAUUGGCUGAUACUCUUAAGAACAAUGGUCAAGAAGUACCAUUUGAUGUGCCUGAGAUUUGGUAUGAAGACCGUGUAGAAUCUGCUCCUGUUUCAGAAAAUAACCCUGAGAAGAAAGUGUUGAUGCUCUGCAAGAAGGGCAGUGUCCAAGAGGCAUACAAUAUUUUACUGGAAGCACAAAAGAAGGAUAUUAUGUUUCCUCCCUCUGCUUAUUCCACUCUUAUAAAAGCACUGCUGGCUGAGGGUUGUCUUGAGGAAGCCAUCAAAGUGAAAAACAUCGCUGAGACCCACAUCAAGGGCUUCACACUGAACGAUGCUGCCAGCAGCCUCCUCAUCAUAACGCAAGUUAGGCGGGAUUAUUUGAAAGAUGCUGUGUCUACUCUAAAAACAGUCCUUGAAAGUGACAUGGUACCUAUUCCACUAGCUGUGACUCGGCUCGUUCAGGCUCUGGCUAUGAAAGGCGAUCUGGAGAGCAUAUGCACAGUUGAGAAGAUGGUAGAAAACCUGGCAGCCUCAAUUGGUUUAUCUCGCAUGCUUUUUGUCAAUAACACUGUAUGGGCUCACAUCAAGAACAAUAACCUUGAUAUGGCAGUGGAAUAUAUUGAGCCUUUGUUUAUCUCUGGAAUGCAAAAUCCUGAUUCACCAAUCACAAGUAUGUCCUAUGUGUUUAGAAAGGUGAUUGAGGAAAGACUGGAGCCAGCUUUGGAAAAACUAAGUGCCAUGGCAGAGCGAUUGGUCAAUCAAUUUGGAGUUUACAAACCUGCCACAGAUCUUUUCCUUCAGUAUGUGGAUGCAGGAAGAGUGGAUGAUGCCAGAUUUCUACUACAGAGGUGUGGUGGAAUAGCUGAACAAAAGGGAACUCUGAUGGCUUUCAUAGCUAAAUCUUCACAGAAACCAGGACAGGGGCAGAAAAUCAAGACACUGCUUGAUCUGGUUCCUGACUUCCCAGAAAAGGAAAUUGUAUACUCUUACCUCCUGAAAUGUCAUGUAUUAGACAACGACGUUGUUUCUGCAAAAGCUCUGUUUGAGAACAUGAAAGCCAAGAAUAUUCACACGGAUGAGAUAUUUCUAAAACGUUUGGCAAUUCUGCUGAAGAAUGCAGGAGAGCCUGUCCCGUUCACUGAACCCCCUGAGUCCUUCCAUUUCUACGCAAAUAAAUUGAGGCAAGAAAGGCAAGAAACCUCAUCACAUGAUGUAUAAAUAUUUUCAUGCUUUGGUUGUUUGUGACUAUGAAAGAUGUUGAAUGUAUUUAAUAUUGUUAGAAAAAAUAAAACAAAAUUGAAUAUGUAAUUACUUCAGUGUAAUAUAAUUUACUCAAACAUAGUAUGUCUUUUUAUACCUGGCCUUCAGUGACUAAACUGUAACUGAGACAUGCAUUUAUUAGUAGAAAUACCGUUUACUCCUGUAGAGCUGCUGGGUCGACAGUGAACAGUCACUUAUAGCUGUCAUUUUUUAUGUUUGACCUGGUGAAAGCUGAUUACACUCUGGCUCCCAGUUCCACUGAAGUUUACUGUAAAUACCCUAUAUGUAACUCACUUUUCAGUAUGGCUCUGAUCCAAAGCCCAGGGAAAUCAGUGACCCUUUUCAUUGACUUCAGUGAGCUUUGGAUCAGGGUUAAAAACAGCAAUUUCCAUGGUUCUUAAGAACCACCAGCUAGUAGCUGGGAUUGCUUUUGAGAGAAACUGUAAUUCUGAUGUUCACUGCAGUGUGAAGCUAUACAUCAAAUUCACAAAUAUAUUCUUGAUAGUAAAUAUACACUCUAUACAUUUGUGGAAAGGUAGCAGCUGCUUUGUGAUGCUUACCUUUAACUGCUCUGUGCUGCCUUUCCCUGCCUUUGCUGGGUCUCUGGACAACGUUCUGUGAUUUGUUUGUUUAUUUUUGUUUUUUUUUAAGUCCACUUUCUUUUCAGUUAAUUUGUACCUAUUGUGUAGAUCAAAUAAAACUGCACACAUUUCA